CAUUACCCUUUACGCACACCUCCCCCACCUUGACACUUUGUCAAUAUUGUCUCUCAUUUCUUCCAUCUCUUUCCCCUAUUCCCUUACCUCUAUCUAUCACCAGCUUUUCUAUUUCCUUUUAUUCUAUUUUUCUUCACAUAUAAUGCCGGAGGACAUGAAUCUUUCGAUAAAUGGUCAGUCUCAGGUCCCUCCAGGUUUUAGAUUUCAUCCCACAGAAGAGGAGCUUCUUCACUACUACCUCAGGAAGAAGGUAGCCUAUGAGAAGAUAGAUCUCGAUGUCAUUCGUGAGGUUGAUCUUAACAAGCUUGAGCCCUGGGAUAUUCAAGAGAAAUGCAAAAUAGGAUCCACCCCACAGAAUGAUUGGUACUUCUUCAGUCACAAGGACAAGAAAUACCCCACUGGGACCAGAACUAACCGAGCAACAGCAGCCGGAUUCUGGAAAGCCACUGGCCGUGAUAAGAUCAUCUAUAGCGGCUUUAGAAGAAUUGGAUUGAGGAAGACUCUAGUGUUUUAUAAGGGGCGAGCUCCACAUGGACAGAAAUCAGAUUGGAUCAUGCAUGAGUAUAGGCUUGAUGAUAGCUCUCAUGACACCACUGUAAGCCGCCUUCCUCAUGGUUCCAAUCCGAUAGGAGAAGCAAUCCCUGAGGAGGGCUGGGUGGUUUGCCGUGUAUUUAGAAAGAAGAACUAUCAAAAAGCCCUAGACAGUCCUAAAGGUUCAUCAAGCUCGAUGGAGUCAAAGACCCAUAUUCUCAGUUCUGGCAACGAUGGCGUUCUUGACCAAAUACUUCUCUAUAUGGGAAGGACUUGCAAGAUGGAGAAUGAAACAUUUAGCCACGUGAAUCUCCCCAACAACGGCAACAAUAGCAGUAUUAGAUUUCUCUCAGCUAACAACACCGGCAUCAGUGAAGAGCUCCAUGAAAGAUUUAUGCAUCUUCCAAGGCUAGAUAGCCCAACUCUUCCGACUGUUACGAUCAACAGCCCCUCCUUCGAUCAAGAGAGCAAUUUCAAAUCUUGUUAUCAGUCGUAUGAUGAGAUGCUCAGAGAGAAUAACGAACCUUCCUCCACCACCAACAACCACCACCACCACCAAGGCAAUGGCUUUGAUAUGACCUCAAUUCACGAAAAAAACAAACCCGGGCUUAAUGACUGGGCUACAUUUGAUCGUCUGGUGGCAUCACAGCUGAAUGGUCAGGUAGAGACAUCCAAACAACUAUCCUGCUUUAGUGACCCAAAUGGGAGUUUUGGUCUGUCUCCUGAUGAUGACAUGCAUUUAUCACAGCUACAUGUGCACUCGAAUAGAUCAAAUCAAGCAAAUUCUCAGGUCUACAGUUGCGAGAAUGAUCUAUGGAGCUUCACCAAAUCAUCGUCCCCAUCAUCAUCGGACCCAUUAUGCCACUUGUCCGUAUAACAUAAGCGUCAAAAUAUACCAUAACAAUGUAGAAGCUCCUAAAGUCUUUUUAGGUAUGUAUCAUACGUUAUAUCACAUAUAUAUAUAUAUAUAUAUAUAUAUAUAUAUAUAGUCUUUGUCCAUAUAUAUAUAUAUGUGUUUGCAUAAAUAAUAAUAAUAAUAAUAAAAUCAAGUGACAUUUGAGAUAGGUUGGUAUCAUAUUGUCAAACAUGAUUAUUUUAUUUUCCUUAACUACGAUGUCGUCCAUGCACAAAUUUUUAUCCAAGAAAUGAAUAUGCAGCAAGUCUUUGGUGCUGCGACUUGCACUUUC